CUUUUAAACUUACGAAUUGUCACAAUCUCAGUCGGAGCUUCUGUUCCCAAGAUUGUGGGAAAGUCCUGAAAGGUCACUUGCCACGGAUAUCGACUUCCUUUUCGCGGCCACACAUCCGAAUCAGCGUGCAAUAUCCCACUUUCGGCCACAACAUGAAUCGAAAGUGUUAUUCUUAUUGGCUUCCAAUUCCCAUGUCAUCGGUUGACCAUACCCCGAAUGUGGGGAGGACCCAGCAUUGCGGAGAGACCUUUCUCGAAAGAGCCUAAGAAGAUGGGCGGCGAAUGCAGCAACGCCAUGAACGACAUAAACAUUGUUCCGUACGUCUCCGCAUACAAAAGGGAAAGCUUGUCCUCUUGCAAUCUUGGCUGUUCAACACCUUUGUGCAGUCAAAAUUUAGAACCAUGGCGGAUGUCAAGCAGGAAGCACUUCAGAAGGAGAAUGUGGCGGAUGAAGCAGCGAGAGGGGUAGCCAUCGAUCAAGAUCGUGAUACAUUCUUGCCACGCCCAUCUGACGAUCCCAACGACCCUCUGAAUUGGCCUAUGUACCUGAAGGUUAUCAUUUUGCUUCAAGUCUGCGUCCUUGCCGCCAUUGGUACCUUAAAUACGGCAAUCAUCAACCCAGCUUAUGACCCUCUAUCCAAAGAAUUCCAUAUCACUAAAGUGCGAGCCUCAUACCAGACCACUGUUGUCAUCGCGCUCAAUGGCGUUGGACCUUUUCUGUGGAUCCCUCUCGCCAACGUCUAUGGACGACGGCCGGUCUACCUCUUCACGACCUUGCUCGGUUUUGCUUCUGCUCUCGGCUCAGCCUAUGCGAAGAACUUCACGCAGUUGAUUGUUGCUCGAGUCUUCAACGGGCUCUGGCCUGCUGCAAUGGCCCUCGGCCCUGCAACAGUCGUUGAUCUUUUCUUCUAUCAUCAGCGUGGUCGAGCCAUGGGAAUCUUCACAGUCAUUCUCACCACAGGAGCUCAUAUCGCUCCCAUCGUUGGCGGACUGAUUGGUCAAUACCUGGGCUGGCGGUGGACCUUCAAAUUUGCAGCCAUCCUGGACGGUUUCAUGCUCCUUCUCAUCGUCUUCUGUUUGCCAGAGACACUUUACAUCCGAGACCAAUCUCGCCUGACAAGAACAUUCUCCGAGCGAGAGAUAGCUUUCUCGCCAAAGACCUAUAUCUCACGUCUCAAGCCUUACUCCACGUUUCCCGAGCUGGAGCUAAGAUGGAAUCAAUUCAUCAUUCCUUCUCUGAAAAUGGCAAUGUACCCCUCCGUCAUCUUCCCCGCCCUUUACUACGCUGCUCAAUAUGGCUUCGCAUCAAUAUUACCCGCCGUCACAGUAGCAAGCAUCUUCUCAGAGCAAUUCGGCUGGAACACCCUCGAAAUCGGUCUUGCAUACGGAGGCGCUCUAUCCAUAGGAGGUAUCCUCGGCGAAUUUGCAGCAGGAAUAGUACUUGACACGAUCAUCAAGCGCGCCCGCAAGAACUUUGCAGGCGAGAAUCCACCCCCUGAAAUUCGGCUCAAAGCUAUCUGGACGGGAGCUUUACUUCUCCCAGCAGGACUUCUCAUCUAUGGCUUCACUCUUCAGUAUCAUGUCUUUUGGUUCGCGCCGCUUUUUGGAAUGGGCCUUUCUUGCUUCGGGCUUCAAGUCAUUGCCACUACUUGCUAUACUUACAGCAUUGACUCCUACCGUGCGGAAUCUAGUGAGACGAGUCAGUUGUUUAAUUUUAUUAGACAGACGUUUGGCUUCACUUACGCUUUCUAUGUCGUGGAUCUGUGCGAGAAGAUUGGAUACCAGUGGGCUUUUUUCAUGUUUAUGUGUUUCGGGAGUGUGCUGGCUUUUGCGCCAAUCGUGGCACUGAUGUUCAAGGGGCAGGAGUGGAGGGAGAAACUGGGAGAACCGAGGAAUGUGAAUGCUCUUGAUAGCGAUGAAAUGCAAGCGAGGCAGGUGGUGGUUGAUAAGUUGGAUGAGGAUAGGAAAGUGGAUGAAGUAUAGGAUUCCGGCAGCAGGAGUGGGGGAUCGGAGAGCAUUUAACAUUGACAACAUCAUAGCUACUGAUACAAAAG